AUGGUACGCCCUACACCUCCCGCAAACGAAUUGCAACAGCAGCAAUCCCCUCCUCCUCCUCCUCCUCCUCCUCCCGCUCCAAUCCAGGGCUGCAACCUUUCGCUCACUGACACCCGCGGCGCGCGCGCGCGCGCGUCGAAAAUAAUGCAGACCGCCCUCUUCAACUUCCAAUCCCUCCUGCUCGUCAUCCUCCUCCUCAUCUGCACGAGCACCUACGUGCACGCCGUCGCGCCCAGCAUCAUGGACCGCAACAAGGACGGGUAA